GGGGAUUUUCGUGUUUCUAUAGCCGAUCCCGCGGAUCCGGAUUCCUCGGGCGAUUCAGACCGUGAGAAGCAUCGAGGCACUAAUCCGGCCAGGGUCAAACAGUCUCGGGAAGUUUUGCGCAUUUCCUUCGUACUACGAACGGCUUCCGAGAACAGAUGGAAUACGCGCCAUCUGGUUCUUGUUCGCGGAUUACCAGGCAGCGGAAAGACUACAUUAGCCAGGAGUUUGCAUUUGGCUGUGCACGGAAAACAGUUGCUCACUGCAAAACUGAAUUCGGAGUGA